AAAAAGUCAAGAAUGUAGAAAAGGUAGAAGAGAGAAGUGUGCUUGUUGGCCCAUAGUUAUUUGUUUGCUACCUACAUUCAUCCACCCACCAAGCGUCUUUCCAUCUCUACAAAGUCCACACUGCUUCUACUUCUUCUUCCUCCUCUUGUGGGUUCUCGGGUUUUUUGGCUUCUCUCUUUCUCUCUCUACUCAUUCUCCUAAGGUCUAAGUUAUACGCUGGUAUAGCCAACCCAAAUUGCAUCUCAAGAGAAUGGGUUCUGGAGAUUGGUUUAAGGCAAUCAUCGGUCGUAAAAAGACAAAGCAGCAGCAGUCUAAGAAAAUCAAGGGGCCUUCUAGUGAACGAUCAAAUGCAUCGAAGUGGAGAAAUCAUUCCAACAGUAAAGUUUCAAAUGCAUUAUGUAAUGGUGCAUCUAGUGGAAACCCUGAAGAUCUUAGAUUGACUCUGGAGGAUAGAGCUGCAAGGCGAAUUCAAACUGCAUUUCGAGGAUUUAGGGCAAGAAGGGCGUUGCGCCGUUUGAAAGGGUUACAGAGACUACAAGUCAUUGGCCAAGGAUAUUCCAUAAAGAAACAGACGUCCACCACUUUGAGCUAUGUCCAGUCCUGGAGCAAAAUACAAGCAGAGAUUAGAACACGACGUGUUUAUAUGGUAACAGAAGGGCGCAUCAAGCAGAAAAAACAAGAAAACCAAUUGAAACUGGAGGCUAAGCUUCAUGACAUAGAGGUGGAUUGGUGUGGUGGUUCUGAAACAAUGGAAGAAAUCCUCUUCAGGAUACAACAAAGAGAGGAAGCAGCAGUGAAGCGUGAACGAGCCAUGGCAUAUGCAUUUUCUCAUCAGUGGAGGGCUAACUCCGGUCAAGGCCAGCUAUCAUAUGAAUUCGGAGAUGGUAACUGGGGAUGGAGCUGGACAGAACGGUGGAUUGCUGCUCGUCCAUGGGAGACGAGGCUCCCUGUUCAACCAACGAGCCCCAAAAAAAGCAAGGUGGAUAAAAAAACAAAUGCAAAUUCUUCGAGAGUGCUGACUCCAGUUAAAACUGCAGCUACCAAUGGUAAAAGUUCAGCAAAGAGAAUACUACAUAAACCAAUGGAUGAGAAAGCAGUCCCACAAGAAACAUGUCCAAAACCAGCGGCAACCUUAUCUCAUCCGAAAUCAAAGUUGAAGCAGGAUCAAAACCGUCCUCCCCCACAAGCAAGUGGAAUUGCUGUUUAAGCUCAAGAAGGUACAUACCCGUGAUUGUUAAUUAAAUUUACUGUUUCAUGAAAAAUAAAAGGCCAACAGACAGUUACUACCUGUAAUUUGUUAUUCAUCUGAUGUAUAUAGGCAUUGUAUUUUUCCUGUUUGUUGUCAUUAUAGUGUAAGAUUGGUGUCGGAAUUAUACCUGAUUGGGAUUGGUUUUUUGUUUGGUUCUUGCAUAUAAGUUGUGAUUUACUGCAAACCUGAUACUUUUUUCA